GCUUAUUUUCCAGUUGGCUGCGGCCUGUUAAUUAUUACUAGCAGCAUAGUUCGGUCGUGAAUACGGUGCAAGACGGACGUGUCCAAUUCUCGUGCUCUCCAGCGAGCUCGACGGUCUAGUGAGUGGGUCUAAAGUAACACAAACUCUACUCUUAAGGGAAAUUCCAACAAAAAAAAUUUGAAGUGAAAACAGCAAGUCACAUGAGCCGCCAACAGGUUGAAGCGAAAAUCGAUGAUAUUGUUGCGGCUCUACUGUCAGACAAUGGCAACGGCGCAGCUUCCAACAUCGGCAGCGGUAGGCCGACUGCCAGCAAUGCCAUCGACAACGCUGCCAUUGCCAUAAUUAGCGGCGCCACGCCAUCGACGUAUUCAUCACCACAAGCGGCUUCAAUAGACUUAGCCAAGACGUUGGAGAAUGCAACCGAAGUGGCAGCUUCCUACUCAUUCUCUACAUCACCACCACCACCACCACCACCAGCGCCGCCCGCACUGCCAACACUGCCAACACCGCCAACACUGCAGGCAACGGGUGAGCGUCGUCGUAUGCGUCCACCAGGCAUUUUGCGUUUGGAUAUGAGUAAGCCAAGACGUUCAUCAGGUGGUUCUGUUGAGUUUCGCGCUCAGCCCCAGCUGCUCGGCGAGGACACCACAUCACCUCAUCAGUUGUCCGUAACUUGGGCUACACCACCAUACGAUACUCACGAGCACGAUUGGAGACAAAGAUCCGAGUCAGCGGAUGCCAGUUUGUUGCGCGGCAGAUUAAGGAGAUACAGUUCGCAGGAAGAGAAACCCUACGAGUUUGCCUGCAAAACAGCCAGUCCAGUUGAUGGUAUUGAAUCAUUGCCUCAAGGUCAACAACAAUUGAAUGAAGGUUACAUUGGUGGCAACGCUAGUGUCAGUGCCAACAACGAUAGCAAUAACAACAAGCAUAGUGAAGACAACGAUAACGACGAGGAUGAGAUAGACGAUGAAGAGGACUAUUCCGUGUCCGUAUCGGCGAUAAUUCAACGACGUGCCAGUGUACGUGGGUAUAGGGGUAAGCGUGGUAGUCGUUAUUCGCGUAGAGCUUCCAGUCCAAUGGAUCAUUUGAUGGAUACGGUGGAGCGGCGACGCUCUAGCGUCUAUACAACGAGUUCAGAUGAAGGCACCAAUCAGGAAUCAACACAAGAGCAAAUCUUCGAAAACAUCCGUCUACACAAAGAGGUUAUACAAUCAGUGAAACUGCAACCAUGGCCGAUGAGAAAAAAACUGAAAUUAGUUCGACAGGCCAAGACAUAUGUGGCCCGACACGAGGGUGCCCUACAGGAGAGAUUCGCCAUGUCGCGAAGCACAAGAGAUUUGUGGGCGAGAUUUAAGAUUUUAAUGGCAGCGCGUUGGUUGCAUUGGAAACGCGAAACCGUCAGUUUUCUCACCGUUCUAAUCCCUUGGGAGCUGCGCAUCAAGGAGAUUGAAUCGCAUUUCGGUUCCGGCGUCGCCUCACACUUUACCUUUCUGCGCUGGUUAUUGUGGGUGAACACAAUGAUUGCCAUACCGUUAGUAGCUUUCGUCAUUGGACCCGAGUAUUUCGCAACGAAUAAAGACGAAACGGAUUCGCGUAAACGUAUGACCGAGCACGAGUACAAAGUGGCUGGGAAUUUCUUUACCUUUUGGGAAUUCGAAGGUUAUAUUAAAUAUUCGCCAAUGUUUUAUGGUUAUUAUUCCAACAAACCCAGCGGUUAUAAAUUACCGAUGGCGUACUUUCUAACAGCUGUUGUUGUUUAUAUUUACAGUUUUGUGGCCACGCUGAGAAAAAUGGCCGAAAACUCCAGAAACUCCAAAUUGUCACUAAAAGACGACGAAUGCACUUUUACUUGGAAACUCUUCACCGGCUGGGAUUAUAUGAUUGGUCACGCAGAAACCGCACACAACCGCAUCGCAUCCGUAGUGGUUGGCUUCAAAGAAGUGCUGCUGGAAGAAGCUGAAAAGAAGAAGGAUAAUCGCAAUUGGCGCAUUAUUUUGCAACGCAUUUUGGUGAAUAUUGUUGUGAUUGGCCUAUUGGCUGCCUCUGCUUACACCGUUGUCACGCUGGUUAAUAGCUCGGAGGAAUUGGCGCGUAACGGCAAUUUGCUGAGUCGCAAUGCGGUUAAUAUCACCAUAACACUGUUGGCAUUCUUCAUGCCGAUGAUAUUCGAUGCGUUGGGUUUAUUCGAAAAUUGGCAUCCGCGACAGCAGUUGCGUCUGCAAUUGGCACGCAUCAUGAUACUCAACAUGCUCAACUUGUAUUCGCUGAUGUUCUCCUUCAUCUACAACAUCGACAGCAAGGAGGGACCCUUGCAGAUGCUCAAAGAGCGCUUCGACAACUCAACCUAUGCGAUUCAAAAUCUAACCAUCGUAAUGGAUGGUUAUAAAAACAACAACACAAAUAGUACAGUGAUAGCCGCGUUGGCCCAUCUUAACCUCACUAGCACCACCACCAGUCUGAUAACAACAACAACCGCUGCCACAACAACACUUUCCGGCUUGGUGACGCGACUGCGGUGCCGUAACAUAACAGUGAAAUGCUCAAAACCAACACGAAUCAACAAUCGGAAUUUCGCAACAACAACAACAUUGCUACUACUCAAUCUCACCACAACAACUAUUAUGCCCAACACAACAAUGGAAGAGUCAAGCACAACGCCUGUAUGGACGACAAUGCUGCCCACAACCAUACUGCCGUUACCGGCGAAGGCAACAUCAGAGUUCGAUACAAUUGGAUUCACAGUGGGCACAGAAUGGAGUGCAACAACAGAGUUUUCGACGAUACCAACCACAGCUGCGACACAUAUGUCGACAGAUGCUAUACUAACUACUUUAAUGGAUUCUACGGAGAGCUCAACACAAACCGAGACUACCGACUCAUCUACGCCGCCACAGUCAACCUCCACAACGACGGCAGCGCCGGGUAGUGAUAGUUUCUUUGACUACAUGGAUUAUUUUGUUGGCAUGCCACUGGAGCUUAGCGAUUCGCAGGAAGAGGGGAGCGUGACGGAGACAACACAAGGCGGACUGAGUGACACAACGGAGCAUUCGGGCAAGAGACCUUUAGUAUUGCAACGAGAACGCAGGGAGGCUUUAGUGCGCAGUGAAGACAAGUCCACCGUAAGUCUAAGCCCAGUAGGCAGGUAUAGUCGGCAACUGAAUGAAAGAAGCAAAAGACAAAACGAGGGAGAUACGACGAGCAACACGGAAAGUAGCAUAACAAGCAUGCUGCCAUCAUCCUUUGAUGUUAGACCACAAGGCGAAGAACAGGCGCAGCAACAAGAAGGAGAUAUUGCUUCACAGCCGCCACAAAAUGAAUCAUUACCAACGCUGCAUGUCAAUACGAAGCUGUUGGGUGAAGUGCUGGCUUAUUUUACGAGUUCGACAUCCACCGUUGAGCCGCCAACCACAAAGUUACCUACUACCGUAACAACCAUGACUAGCGCUGCGACGACUACAACGUCGCCACCACCACCACCACCUCCAACAACUACUAUACAAACAACUGAAUCUGUGGAGACGACAACAGCAUACUUUCUAAAUGAGGAUGACAUCAUCGACGAAUCCACAGACACAAUUAAUUAUGAACCUAAUGAAAUCGAUGAAGACAAUUUCGAGACAUGUGUGCGUACUAUUUGUGAUCCUUACCCGGAGGAGGGUGUUGGUGGCUACACCACCGCAGAGUUAGACACAACCGCAACACCGAUGAUAACCUCAUUGACACCGAUGGAGAUUUAUGAAAAGAAAAAGACUGAGUACGAACAAGAUAUAAAGAAUAUAAAACAUAAUCUAACGAGCAUGUGUUGGGAGACAUCGCUGGGUCAGGAGUUGGCAAAGGUUAUCGUAUCGGAUGGGCUUUUAUCUCUCUUCGCACCGCUUUGCGUGGACUUUCUGCGCGCAUUAUUUGUUCGUUACCUCAAUCAACACUGGUGCUGGGACAUGGAGAAAACAUUUCCACAGUAUGGUGACUUCAAAAUAGCUGAGAACAUUCUGAACCUGAUUAUUAAUCAAGGACAAGUGUGGAUGGGUAUUUUCUUUUCACCCGGCUUGGUAUUAGUCAGCCUCGUCAAGCUAAUGAUAUUGAUGUACUUUCGUUCGUGGAUCGUGCUAACCUGCAAUGUGCCGCACGAAGUGGUCUUCAAAGCAUCCAAGUCCAACAAUUUCUAUCUCGCUCUACUGCUUACAAUGCUCUUUCUGUGCGUGCUGCCGGUGAGCUAUGCAAUCGUAUGGCUGCGUCCUUCAUGGCAUUGUGGACCCUUUUCCACAUACAACCGAAUCUCGGAUUUCGUUACGAGUGCGACACAGGAGGCGCUGCCCAAGCAGUUACAUAGACCUCUGGGUUAUUUGACCUCAGCUAGUACUGUAAUACCACUUCUCCUGCUGCUUAUUCUAAUCAUCUAUUAUCUCGUCUCACUGACGGGUGCUCUACGCGAGGCCAAUCAAGACUUGAGAACACAGUUGCAAAAGGAACGCGAAGAGGAGCGCAAGAAGAUAUUUAAGGUACCGGAAACAAAGCCCGUGGAGAAUAGUGCAGCGGCGCUGACCAGCAGAUGGCGUAAAGUGUUGGAAGCUUCAUCACCCGUGACACCGACGCCACCGCCGGAUUUCGAAAGUGAAGAGUACAAAAAUAAAGCCAGAAAAGAAUUAAUUUCGCGCAUCAUGAAAGAGGCACUACGCAAGGGUUCCGCCACUUCAGACGAUGAUUCCGUUAAUCGACAAGGUAGAGACGACGACGAUACGGAUACGGAACACCAUGACUCACUGCCACACGACGAAGAUGGGAGAGAUAAAAAUCUGGGUUUGUCGAGACUCCAACAAAUAAGACGGACGCGGAAACCCUCACUAGUAGACAUCGUACAAAUUGCGAAGAGCGAGCGGGAGCGCGAACAACGUGCUUCACUUUCGGUCAAAGAAAGAAGUAAAAGUGAAAAGCAUGUCAGAAGGGACAGAGAAAGAGAGAGAAGUAAAGAAAGAGAAAAAGAAGCGGAAAAUGAUGAGGAGAAGCAGAAGAACGCGGAAGCGGUAGGCGCAAAGGAUAAGGAUAAAAGGAGGGAAGACAUGAAAGAUGACAGCGUAAAGAAGAAAGAAGAAAACAGCGAAGAGGUUACCAAAGAGAAAGUGAAUGGAAAACGAAGAACUAAGAAUUCCAACAGAGACAAGAAUAAAGAUCAAAUGUCUCCAAAGGACGAAGAAAAUGACGACACUCGAGACAAACGGCGGCCCGAUAAAAAAACUGAAAAGGAGGAAAGCAGAAACGGCAAUGCAAAGAACUGCCAAAUAGACACAGACAACGAUCCCGACAACAACUCGCGCAUAGUGAAUGAACGCAGGCAAAGUUUGUUGCGUAGAAAACAGGACGAUGAUCAACGGUCGAAAAGACCAACUAGUACACCUCUACCCACCAAAUCUGAGGGUCAAACACCGACGGCUACAACACCCAUACCACCUCGAGAAGAAGUGAAGAAAACGAAUUUCAUAAUCGUAGAUGAAAAGAAGUCGGAAAGUAGCGAAAGGGAAUUACCACCAGCUAAGCAUCGUUCAUUUAGCGUACGUGGCGGUACUUUUAAGUUCCGACGUCAAAAGCCGAAACCCACAGAGACACCGAAUGAUGGAGAAGUCUUUAAAUUCGACGAUAAAUCUUUAGAAAACACAGCUAAUAAUGGCAAACUCGCCAAGGCUGAUGAGCAGCAACGAAGUACUACUCCACCCACCGCUUACAAACUGAGCGAUGGUCUAACCACACCGACAUUUGUGAACUCCGAAAAGCUGCUGAAUCUUUCGCGUCAGGGUCGCAAGAAAAUCGGCACACUGUUUGCACUCGUACGCGACACAGUCAACACAAAAUGGAAUGAUGACGAGCAAUCGCCAAGCAAUAGCGCUGAGCCGAUAACACCAAAAUUUCCCACCAUACAACCGCCACCGGCGCCGACGGCAAAUACUAAUAAUGAUGACACAGUUGCUAUUGAAAUACCACCCUCACCUUCAGCGAAUGAGGGCGCAAGCAAACCACAUUUCCCCACCGCAAUGCCAGAGAUAGCUAUUGUACCCAAAGACGUUGCGCCUAUUCAACCCGCAGCGAGCCCAACAACAACAACUGAUGCUAAUGCUAGCACUAUCAACGAUCCGGAGGCAUUAGAUAAACCUGGACCCAUAUACCACCCGCCGCAUAAUGUCGUACAGCGCCAAACACGCAAACCCAUGGAACGCUCACAAGCCACACGUCAAGACUCGCAAACCUCAGUUUGGUCUGACAAUAUACCAACAAUCACGAUUAGUACAACCGGCAGUGAUGAGUGCAUCGUACAAGCGGUGUCGUCGGAUAAGAAGUUCACGCCAUCUGCCGCCAUUCCAGUUGCGGCCGUUGCACCACUGAAAGAAAGUGUGGUUAUGACCGUAACAAAAUCAGCGCCACCAUCUCCGGACUCGAAAGUUAAAGUCAUUAAGAUUAACAUUGAAGAUAAAUAAUUUUUUGUAUUGUAUGGAGAAGAUCUUCUAAGCAGCUGUCGUGGUAGACGCCGAAGUGCCUUUUUGUACUCCAUAAGCAAUCCAUUUUCAUCACUAACUCGACCCACACUUUUAGUCACUUCAAUUUUGUAUUUAGCGGCAAUUAUCGAGCUGCUUCCUACUGAUUUUACGGUAAUUUUAUA